AUGUUACUUUCAAACGGAAAAUUAUUGCGAUUUUGCAAUAAUGAAUUGAAUGAAGAAAUCCACUGCUAUUUAAACUCGACAAAUUACUUGGACGACUUUUCAAAGAAGGUCGACGUCUAUUCUUUUACUUAUCCGCACUGCCCGUGCUUUGGAAAUAACUGUUAUAUUCAUUUUGAGAGUUCAUUGAGUACUUAUACAACAAUUGGAAAUAACAAGAUCGAUGCGACUCUUAUUGGAAGUCACUUAAAACUCGACUUUUCUGUUGCUCCGAUCAAACAAAGCACUCAAUUAAACAUAAAAAGAACAACUGAAACCAUUCAAACAGUCCGAGGGACGAUCGAAUCACUCAAAUUUGAUGAAAUUCAAUUCGACUUUGUGUUGGCAGAAGGUGUCACAAUAGAAAAGACCAACAGUGGAGAAUCAACAUCAAAGAUAACAUUUUUGAAUGCAAAAGGUAACAACAUAUUUGAUAUUGAAUGGAACUCAACUUCAAUGAGAUGCACCUUUUUCACGUUAAAUUAUGAAUACAUUUUCUUUAAUGGAAGUUUUGUUAUUGGAGACAAUUUAAUUGACAUUACAACGUCGGCAGCAAUAACAAUACUUACUCAAGUGCCGAUAAUAACAACAAUGGAAGAAACAGAUCAAUGUUACCGGUUAAAUUAUUCAACAUCACCAGCAGUAUUUCGACAGUGUGUUGGUAUGUGUAAUACAUGUCAAGAGGAGUACAAUCCAGAUGGUGAAUGUUUUGUACCUUCUGUAGUUCAGAAGCCAAAUUGCAUUUCUUGUUAUGUUGAUGAGACUUCAAAUAAAUUAUGUAAUUUGUGUAAGACCGGAUUUUAUCUGGAGAAUGGGGAUUGUGUGCCAUGUGUUGCAAAUUGUGCUUCUUGUGAUAAAGUCACUGGUAUUUGUUUUGAAUGUGCAAAAGACUUUGAAUUAAGAAACAACACGUGUGUUCAGUGCAUUAAUACAAAUUGUGAAUAUUGCAAUGAAACUAAUGUUUGUGUAAAUUGUAAAGAUGGGUAUACGCUAAAUACAUUUGGAGAGUGCGUGUUUUGUAAAACAUAUUUUGGUGGAUGUGAAAAAUGUUCAACAAAUGAGUUCAAGUGCAAUCAAUGUACAAGUGGUAAUUAUUUAAAAGAUGGGGGGUGUGCAAGUUGUACAAAUGAAUAUUGCCUUUCGUGUGGUCCAAUUGAAUUUAAUUGUUCUCGGUGUAUUCCCGGGUACUUUCCCACACAAAACAGAGAGAAAUGCAUUACAUGUAACGAGAAGAUCAAUUGUUCUAUAUGUUCUACAACUAGUGAUGUUUGUGUAGAAUGCAACACUGGGUAUUAUCCACAUAAUAGUCAAUGUGCAUCUUGUGCUUCGAUAAAUUGUGAAGAGUGUGACAGUGAAAAUGGGAUAUGUUCACGGUGUAUGAAUGGGUAUGGACUUGAUAAUGGUAAUUGUAUUCAAUGUGAAACAACAUUACAUUGUUUAAAUUGUGUGGUUAAUGGAAUAUGUGAAGGGGCGUGCGAACUGAAUUACACAAACCACAAUGGUAUUUGUCAAUUGUGUUCUUCAAUACCAAAUUGUAAGACGUGUUUACAAGACAGAUUUGAAUGCACUGAAUGUCUCAACAACAAUUUUCUUAUAGAUGGAAUAUGCGAGCCUUGUGCUGUGAAUAACAAGUGUUCUACGUGUUCAUCUACAAGUGAUCACUGUGAAAUAUGUAAAGACGGAAAUUAUCCGUUAAAUUAUAAAUGUGUUUCAUGCUCUAAAAACACACACAACUGCCUCACAUGUUCAACCUCAAAUGACACGUGUAUUACAUGCAAAGAUGGGCACUAUAUGAAUAAAGAUUUAUAUUGUGAUACAUGUCGCAGCAUCUAUUGCUUAGACACUUUAUGUUCACAAAAUGGAGAGUGUUCUGGAUGUUUGUCCGGUUAUUACUUAGAUGGCUCCACUUGCAUGAGUUGUGAGUUAAUCGAUGGCUGUGCCGCAUGCUCUCCAUAUUCCAAGAGUUGUGUUAUUUGCAAAGACGAUUACUAUAAAAAGGAAUCAUUGUGUCAUCCAUGCACAGACUUGUUCUGUGACAAAUGUGACCAAAACGGGUAUUGUUCAAGAUGUCUUCCAAAUUAUUAUCUUGACAAUGGGAUUUGUGUCGCUUGCUUAUUGAAAGAAGGGUGUGCCAUUUGUUCUAAUACUGCAAAUGCGUGUUUGGAAUGUCUUGAAGGAUAUUUCCCAAGUAACGAAAAGUGCUUAACAUGUUCAACAAAAAAUUGCGAAUCUUGUGAUCGAAUCACUAAGAAGUGUUUUUCAUGUGUCGAUGGAUAUUAUUUGAAUACCAGUGAAUGUAUUUUGUGUUCCAAAACAAAUGAAAAUUGUAAUUUGUGUAAUACAUGGGACACUUGUCUUCUUUGUAAUAAUAACUAUUUUCUUGAAGGAAACAAGUGUAUUUCAUGUUCCCAAAAGGAGCAUUGUUCGACAUGUUCAAACGUUGACAGCAAAUGUAUAAUUUGUGUUGAUGGAUAUUUCCCUAAAAAUGGAAGUUGUGAAACAUGUGCUAUGAAUGGAUGCUUCGAUUGUUCUACAACAAGUGGUGCAUGUACUUCAUGUCGAGAAGGAGAGUAUCUGAAUAACAGAACGUGUGCAAAAUGUGAAUUAAAUUGUAAAAAGUGUAAUUCUAAAAUUGGUUGUACCGAGUGUUUGGAAUCAUUUUAUUUAAUGGAUGGUAUUUGUUUUCCAUGUUCACUGAAAGAUUCGUGUGGAAAAUGUAGUACAACAACAAAUUCGUGUUUAACAUGUAACACUGGAUUCUUUCCUCAUGACGCCGUUUGUCUAUUGUGUUCCACAAAGAAUUGUUCUUCAUGUGACAACUCGACAGGGUAUUGCACUUCAUGUGAACAGACACGCUACUUAGAUGCUGGCGAAUGUAAAAUGUGUAUUUCCACACUUUUAAAUUGUGAGACAUGUUCUGUAGGCACAAAGUGUCUUUCAUGCGCUCUCAACUAUUUUUUAGACUUGGGUCGGUGCUUUCCAUGUUCAUCAAAAUUACACUGCUCAACAUGUUCACAGACGUCCCCAUUAUGUUUGGAGUGUGAAGAAGAUUAUUAUCCAGCCGGAAAAAAAUGUGACACUUGUCUCUCGAAGCAUUGUACUGUUUGUAGUAACACAACGGGGAAGUGUUCGGCUUGUGCAUCUGGAUAUAAGCUCCAAGCUGAUUCUUGUGUUUCAUGUGCGAGUUCAAACUGUUUGAACUGUGAUGUGGAUAUCAACUCUUGCUCUGUUUGCGAGCCGAACUACUCUCCAACAACAAAUGGAACCUGCACACCAUGCAACUCGACUUAUAGUUCAUGUGCCACAAAUUUGUGUUCACAAACAGAACCACAGAAGUGCCUUGAGUGCAGAGACAAUUACUUUCUCAUUGAUUCGGAAUGUUGUUCAUGUGCGUAUAAUCACUGUGGAGUAUGCGACAAAGUGACUGGAGAUUGUUUGACUUGUGAAAGUGGAUAUUACAGAGUUGGCACACAUUGUUAUAUAUGUGACUCUCAAAACGGAAACAAUUGUUCAAUUAAUGGCUGUUCAAGUGUUGAUGAGAACGUCUGUUUUGGAUGUGCACCACACUUCUUUUUGUCUUCUCAAAGGUGUGUUGUAUGUGAACUUAGUCCAAAUUUAUGUGCUCCACAAAUGUGCACAGAAACUGGACUUUGCACCGACUGUCCCGAAGGUCGAUAUUUAUUUAACGGUGUUUGUCUCUCAUGUAAUGAUUCAAACAUCUUACAUUGUAAUAACAACUCGUGUCAAACAAAGGGAAAUAUCUGUCUACAGUGCCAAAUGGGGUAUUACCUGUUCAAUGGAUACUGCAAAAAUUGCACCUCAACAAACCCCAAUUUUUGUGAUGAAGGGCAGUGUGAUCCAGAACAUGAGGGAAAGUGCUUGAGUUGCAAAGACAAUUACUUGAUGACAAAAACAAACGAGUGUCGACAAGUUCAAGACAUUAUUUUACAUUGCGAAAAGGCUGUUUCAUGGCAAGAAUGUAUUUUAUGUGAGAGGGGGUAUGUACUUAACGCAGGAAGUUGUGUAGAGAAAAGGUGUGAUGAACAAAACGCUGUUAGUUUAGAUACGGUUUGUGCAAAUUUGUGCUUUAAUUGUGUGUCUGCAAAAGCAGACUGCAGUGUUACUCACUCCCUUGCAAACUGCGCCAAACAAUUUGUGACAAACGACUUGUCCAAAUGCCUUUUAUGUGAAUUGAAUAAUUCCAUUACCGGCAUAUUCAAUUGCUCUGAAACUAUUAUCAGCGGGUGUCUUACAAAUUAUCAAGAUACGUGCUACCAAACACUUAAUGGGUAUUACUUAACACCAUAUAAUGAGGCAUCGAGGUGCGGAAAUGACGCAACCGUAUGUUUGUUCGACUACUCAACGUCUUUAGAAGAAAAAUAUGAGUGUAGGGAGAACUUUUACUUGUCAUAUAACAACACGUGUACACAAAAAGACGUGGCAACUAAAUGUUUGAAAUAUGAGAGUGGACUAUUUGGAAAUAAAAGAUGUGAAACGUGCAGUCCAACAACUUUUAUUCAUAAGUCUGAGUGUGUUUCAUGUCUACCAUUUUGUGAAGUGUGUGAUGUCAAUAGCUGUUUCAAGUGUCUUAAAAAUUAUGUUUUAAUCAAUAAGAAGUGCUACACAAAAGAACAAACACAUUGCACGUAUAUUGAUGAUACUACAAACAAGUGUAUAUUGUGUAAUACUGGGUACUAUCUGAAUGACGACAGUGUGUGUGAGAUCAACGACAACUUUUGUCUUUUACAAUGGAGUCUUGGGUGUAUACGUUGUAUCACAAAUAUGACUGAGCCUUAUAUGUGUGUAGUCUACUCACAUACCAAACAACGUGUUGCAAAAGAUUCAUACAUCAUGAAAUAUAACUCAAGUUCUGUCGACUACAGAGACUCGUGUCUUCAUCUAAGUAGUGUUGGGUGUUUGAGGUGUCGAGAUGGGUAUUAUCCAAAUGGUGUUUUGUGUGUCACUUGUCCUGAGAGUUGUACAAAGUGUUCGACAGCAAAUUUGUGUACUGUUUGUGUCGAAGGUUUUUACAUCUCAAACGGACUUUGUGUGACCAGUGAAGUGCUUAAAAGAAGUUGUAAGACGCCUUUUUUAAAUGGCAUUGGAUGUCGUGAGUGCAAAGAGACGUUUUAUAGAAAUGGGACAUCGUGUUAUUCGUGUGAUGAAACAUGUCAGACUUGCACUGAUGCUUUUACGUGCACCAUUUGCGUCGACCAUUUCUUCAAAACUGAACACGUCGGCGUCUGUAGAAGCUAUAAUGUCUUAACACAUUGUCUCAACAAAACAGUCAAUGGUUGCACACAAUGUGAAAUUGGCUAUUUCAUGUAUAAUGGAGAGUGUUACAAGUGUCACCAACUUUGUCGGACGUGCACUUCUUCCUCCUUGGUUGAGAACAGUGACCAUAUUGUGACUACCACUUCUUCUGAACAUACUACCAUCAUCAUCAAUAAUAAGACAUUCUUUCUUUUAAAUAAGUGCACUUCCUGUCACGUCGAUUAUGUGAAGACUACAAACACCCCAGAGUUUGUCUGUGUUUCAUAUUCAUCUAUUAAAAAUUGUGCUUCUGCAUCUUCUUCUGUAUGUAAGAAGUGUUCUGGGUACUAUCAACUGACCGACGACAAGUUGAGUUGCCAGCGCCGGUCAUUACUUGCUGUAGUCUUUCCCAUUGUUCUUGUAACUCUCUUGAUUGUGUUACUCCUUAUAUCAAUACUCCUUAUUGUUUUGAUAACAAAACACUUUGACAGAAGAGAAACGCUGACUUGUCGUACAAAAUUUGUAAGAAAAAUUAAAGACACGCGACCUCAAUUAGACUUUCCAUUGAAAUGCGUUUGUUCGACGAAAUCAAGUUUGACCUUUUCCAAUUUGAUUCCAGUCGGUGUCGAAAGUGAAGACGUCGUCACAAUUGGUAAUGUCAGUCACCACACACUUAAACUACAAUUUGUCGUCAAAGACGACGAGCAUAAUGAGAAGUAUCACUUCCGAGUGGAUCCGCCUUUUGUGACCCUUCGCAAAGGAUAUUGUUGUGAAUUUCAUAUCUACUUGAAGCCGAUGUGUACUUGUCGAGUCGUAGAAGAUAUCGUCUUCUUGUGUCUUAACUUAUCAAAAGGUAUCCAAACUAAAGAGUCUCUUACCCUUGACUUCGAGACUGAACUCUCUUCCAAACUCGAUCCCGAUGAUCUCUUUAUAAAGCGAGAAAUUGGUCGAGGGGGUGCUGGAGUUAUUUAUUAUGGGAUGUACCGGAAGUCUCGUGUAGCAGUGAAAAAGGUACGAAAUGUGUUUGAUGUUAAUUCCACCUCUGAAUUUAUGUGUGAAAUUGCUAUGUUAGAAAAGAUGCGGAAUGACUAUAUUAUACACUUCUAUGGGGCUGUGAUCAUACCAAACAAGUUGUGUUUAGUCACUGAAUACGCCGCAUAUGGAAGUCUUGGUACAAUACGUCGAGAGACCACUAAAGAGAAAAAUGGCACCUUUGCAAUUAAAGUGAUGUUAGAUGCAGUAAAAGGAUUGGACUAUUUACACACCAAUUCGAUCAUCCACAGAGACUUUAAGCCAGACAACAUUCUCAUAGUAUCUCUGGAAAUCUUUGAUAAGGUAAAUGCAAAACUCUCAGACUUCGGGACAGCUAGAAACCUCAAUUGUCUUGUUGAUAAUUUGACAUUCACUAAAGGCAUUGGAACACCCGUGUACAUGGCACCAGAGAUAUUAAGAAGAGAAGACUAUAACUCCGCUGCCGAUAUUUAUGCAGUUGCCAUUUCAUUAUUUGAAGUCUUCUGCUGGGAAGAUCCAUUCCCUAAAAAUGCUUUUGCCUUCCCGUGGAGCAUUGCACGGGCAAUAACAAGUGGAAUUAGGCCUCAAUACACAGACAACAUCAAUGAGAAUCAAAAGAGUCUAACUGAUUGGUGCUGGACGGAUAUCCCAAGUCAACGGCCACGUGCCGAACAAGUCUGUGAGAGGCUUGAAACGAUGUUACAAUUGUUAUAA